CACGUGUGACGUCAUCAGCCCGCGUCAAACUGCAUGUUGAUGAAAUCGCGAGUAACGUACGAGUCUUUAACAACUUUGCCUGUUAUGUCCGUUUUACAGAAAUGUUUUGGUAUUUUACGUUCGUCAGAUUCUUCGAGGACGAUGCUGACUGUCAGCCGGAUGUUCCGGUGUUCACACAGCCGCUCAGCAGAAACCAAACUCAGCUGUCGUCCCUCAGGAGCACCGAAGACCACAGACAGGUCGCGGCUUCUCCCCUUACAGGACCAGAGAGGCUUUCAUGUUUUGUUUCCUGCUCACACACGUGAAACUCGUUUUAGAAGUUAUAGAGGAUUCUCAACUUCACUGAGUAUCAGAAGUGACGCUAUUGGGCAGAUCCAGUCGAAGCAUUAUCAACUUGUUUACACAUGCAAGGUUUGCUCUACCAGGUCCAUGGAAAAGAUAUCCAAAGUGGCUUAUCACAAAGGUGUUGUCAUUGUGACAUGUCCAGGUUGUAAGAAUCACCACAUCAUCGCUGAUAACCUUGGCUGGUUCUCUGACCUGGAGGGGAAGAGAAACAUCGAGGAGAUCCUUGCUGCCAAAGGAGAGUCUGUGAAGAGGAUUGAAGGAAGUGCUGCUUUGGAGAUUGUGGUGGAUGAAUCUAAGAAAGACAAGCCACAACGUGGUGAAGACACAGAGAAAUCCGACAGUAACCAAGAAAAGCAAUAAUACUGUGUUUAUACUUUACAUUUAUAUUGUAAGAUGUUUAUAUUUAAUUCCAUAAUAAACAAAUCGUUUUUAGUUGCUAA